GUGGCCAGAGCCCGUCCCAGCCCCACCAUCGGCACGCAAGCCGGAAAACAUUUUUUUCACAGCCACUGCAGGCAGCGUCUGUCCGAGUGUGCCGGGGCCAGGGAGGGGACGGACGGUGAGCAGGGGCAGCCAUCGCGGUACGUGCGCUCGGCAGGGCCCCGGCGGCAGCGGCUGGUCGCCCCGGCUCAUCCAGCGGCGGCACCGAUCGGGCGAAGAUGCUGGGUGAGAACGUGCUGGCGCUGGUGCUGGUGCUGCGUCUGCUCCUGCCCUGUGCCGGACAGCAUCACCGCGAGAUGGCCGAGCGCAUCAUGACGACCACGCCGGUCAUCGAUGGGCACAACGACCUGCCCUGGCAGCUCCUCAAGAGGUUCAACAACCAGCUAGGGCUGCCAGAAGCCAACCUCACGCUGCUGGAAGGCACCCACACCAACAUCCCCAAACUGCGCAGUGGGCACGUGGGCGGCCAGUUCUGGUCGGUGUACGUACCCUGCGACACGCAGAACAAGGACGCGGUGAAGCGCACGCUGGAGCAGAUCGACGUGGUGCAUCGCAUGUGUGAGCUCUAUCCUGAGACUUUCGCCUGCGUCGUCGAUAGUGAUGGCAUCCGGAAUGCUUUUGCGAGCAAGAAGGUGGCCAGCCUCAUCGGGGUGGAAGGCGGUCACUCCAUUGACAGCAGCCUGGGUGUCCUGCGCACCUUCUACCGCCUGGGGGUCCGCUACAUGACCCUCACCCACAGCUGCAAUACUCCCUGGGUUGACAACUGGCUGGUGGACACUGAGGAGGAGCAGCCCGUGCACCAUGGCCUCUCAUCCUUCGGGAAGACAGUGCUGGAGGAGAUGAACCGCCUGGGCAUGAUCGUGGACUUGGCCCACGUCUCAGAGGAGACCAUGAGAGUCGUGCUGAGGCUCUCUAAAGCCCCUGUCAUCUUCAGCCACUCGUCUGCCUUCCAACUCUGCCCGCACCGCCGUAACGUGCCCGAUGAAGUGCUGAAGCUGGUGGCCUCCACGGGCAGCCUGGUGAUGGUUAACUUCUACAACGCUUACGUGACGUGCAAUGACGUGGCCACGCUGUCAGACGUUGCAGACCACAUGGACCAUGUGAAGAAGGUGGCCGGUGUCCAGUCCGUUGGCUUCGGCGGGGACUACGAUGGGGUCACAGGGCUCCCCACUGGCCUGGAGGAUGUCUCCAAGUACCCCGCACUGGUGGCUGAACUGCUGGCGAGGAACUGGACGGAGGAAGAGGUGAAGGCAGCCCUGGCUGAAAACCUGCUCCGCGUCUUCAGGAAGGUGGAGGAGGUGAAGAUGUCCAUGCAAGGCACGGCUCCCCUCGAGACGCCCAUCGCCUUCGAGGAGCUGGAGAGGACUUGCAGGACAAGCUACGGGUACAUCAACAGUGCCGGCACAGCCUGGCUCCCGCGGGCUGGCCUGAUGCUGGCACUGGCACUGCUCUGCUCGCUGCUCUGCUAGCACCCAGCCCCGCUACAGCACCAGCACCCUGCCGGCGGCUGGCCCUGCGGCUGCGGGGCUGGGCCCAGUCCUGCUGCCCCUUCUCACCUGCGUGCAGGCCCCAUCCGCAAAAUAAAGCCGUGCUUCGAGCACCGCCAGCAGUGUUU